UUAAAGUUCAGUAUAUAUGUGUUCUUACACAUAGUAUGACGUUUGAAUUACAACUACGAGACAGCGUUCAAUAAGCCGAAUUAAAAAAUAAUGUGUCAUAGGCCUUAUAUCCGAUGAUAAAAUUGAUAUGGUGUGAGGCUUAUCUUGAGCAGUGUUUGUGUGACUUUCUGAGAUAUAUAUUUCGACUGUGUAGAAGUUACAGAGUAUAUUAUAAUUAAAUAAAUAUGUUUUGGUGGAUGGUAUUAGCCGUCAUUGGAGUUAUAGUGCUAUUAGUAAAGGUGCAUCAAAAACUGACGCUUGGAAUAUGUAAGUCGAGUGCGCAUAUGGUGGGUAAAGUAGUUAUAGUGACUGGAGGAAACAGUGGCAUUGGUUUUGAGACAGCAAAAGACUUGGCUUGUAGAGGUGCACGAGUUAUACUAGCUUGUAGAAGUGUCCGCAAAGCUGAAAUAGUUAAAGAAGAAUUGAUUAAAGCUAGUGGUAACACAGAUAUUAUUUGUAAGCAGUUAGAUCUUUCAUCGCUCGAGUCUGUUAGAAAUUUUUGCGAAGAUAUAGAUAAAAACGAAAAACGUUUGGACGUUCUUAUUAACAAUGCGGGUGCCGGUGGAUUAGGCAAUUACAAAACGGCGGACGGAUUACAUGUUGGAAUGCAAGUUAAUUAUUUUGCUCCGUUUUUAUUAACGUGCCUUCUGUUGCCACUUCUAAGAAGAUCCGAGCCGAGUCGAAUUAUUAAUGUGUCCUCUAUGUUGCACAAAUACGGAGAACUGGAUUUUGAAAAUUUGAAUAUGGAAAAAUACUGGAGUGACUAUUUAGUAUAUGCAAAUAGUAAAUUGUUCUUGAACUUAAUGACUUUAGAAUUGAGUCGUAGAUUGAAUGGGUCUAGGGUUACUGUGAACUGCUUACAUCCGGGUAUAGCUGCUACUAACUUAAUGAGAAACGUGCCCAGUGAAAUUUUGAAGAAGAUAAUUUCGAAAUCAAUAGGCUUUAUGUUCCAGAGUGCAUGGGAAGCGUCUCAAACUUCUAUCUAUUUGUCAGUAGCACCAGAAAUUCAAGAUAUUAGUGGAAAAUAUUUCAGUCAUUGCUGUGAAACAAAGCCUUCGAAGCUAUCUCUCGAUGUUGAAAAAGCAAAAAAGCUUUGGGACGAAUCAGAAAAAUUAGUGAAGUUCACGAUAUCAGAAAAUUAGAUUAAAAUAUUCGAUUUCGUAUCGAUGUUCUGUUCGUAGUAAUAAAAAUGAAUUUAAGUAUCAA